CGGCCCUAAACUCGGCCCCGAUGUUUUCACAUGUGAUGAGAGUGGCGUUUGUUCGUCUUAAUUUUUUCCAAACAUCAGAGGUCUUCACACGGCAGUUGACUAAGGUAACAAAAUAAAUUUACACAGAUCUCUUCAGUUACAAAAACAGCAUUUUAGUAGCGCGCUUUGUCGUUAAAGAACGAGUUUACGUAUGAAUAUUGAAUGAACCGAGUUUCAAUUCCUUCCACUGCACCAUAUUUGUUUUCAUUAUUUUUCUAUUCAUUAAUGUUAAUGACCAGUAUACUGUUAAGUGAAAAUAGACUUCACCAUCAUACUGUGUUUAUUUCUAACAGCAAUGAGUUUUUUUAAUAAGCAAAAGUUUGUACGUUGUGUUAUGUUGUGCUAUGGGGCUGCCAGAAUUCUGACAUCUUCUUUGGCCGUGUACAGAUUGAUCUGAAUCCGUUCUGUGAUUGAAUUAAUGUUGGUCAGCCUUCAUCUAGGCCUUCUAAUCCUGGUAACCUACAAUCUUUGACAAAAUAUUAAAAAUGGAACAACAAACCCCCAUCCCCUGGAAAUCAAGGAUGAAGACGCUGGAGAGCCUAAAACGCGCGCCAUUUUUCCAUCCUUGAUUUAAGGGGGAGAGGGGGGAGGGGCUAAAUUUUCAAUCUGUCUUAUCCAGGAAGAGCAAACCCCCAUUCCCCAAUCCUGCCAAUCAAUGCUAAUUAACAGAAAUUAAUUGAUAAAUAAUUAAUCAAAAUUGGGUUUUCCUGUCAUUGAUUAAUUUUCAUCAAUUAUUGUUCACAACCUGUAAACCCUGAUCACUGUAUAUCAGUGCAAACCUCAAGUAGCGCUUUUCUUUGACUUCUUUUCCUUUUUUAUUGCCGUCUCUUACUGUGAUAAUUUUCUAUUCUAAGAAUAAUAAUUAUUAUUUUUCUCACCUUUUCUUUUUCUUAAAAUAAAUGGCAUGAUUGUGGAAUAGGUACAUUGGCUAAACCUCAUUACAUGUUAGUCCACCCAUUUAAGGGGAUAAAUAAAGUGGGAUAAUUUCUGGUUCCCCCCCUCCCUUACAAUGGAUUGUUCCCCCAGGAGCUUUUGCGUCAUCUGUUAUUUUUGUGUUUCUUUUCUGAUAGAUCAGUAAAUAGGUGCUUUCAUUGUUACACAGUGUAAGUAACAAUAGUUAUAUUGUUAAUUUCAAGGUGGCUGCUGGCCCUGUGAAGACUUCUAUUGGAUGUAUGGAAUUUGGACGGCAAUGCAGCCCAGACCAGGUGUGCAUUAAUGAACAGUCAGGGUAAAAAUUAAUCCAUUGGUAGUGGGUUGCACAUAUUAUGUGAGAAGUUCAAGUCAAAAGUAAGAUGACUGACACUUGUAAGCUUGUGAGACUGCACACAAGUUACAUGUACGCGUUCAAAAUUUGAAUCAUUGAAAGUCAACAGGCUGUACAUAUACAGUGUCUUCCGGUGUGAAAAAAGGUUACUUGGGAAUAAUUAACAAUUAUUUCUUUGAAAUCGAGGUGCAUAGUGGCUAAAUAUUUAACCGAGCCUCGGCGAGGUAAAUAUUCCCAAAGCCACUAUUCACUGAGAUUGAAAAGAAUUAAUAAUUAUUGUUUUAGUAUAUACACACGAAGUGAUCUCAACAAAAUCAGAGAGGAAACCAUUAAAAAGUACGAUUUGAUUGACAGAUCAAAUCACCCGUAAGUUUAAAAAUAAGAUCUUUGCAGAAUUUCAAACAUGGCAAUUCACAAGUUUAUCAUUUCGUAAACAACAGCGUAAUGGCUUCAAUGGAAUCGCUAAAAGUUUGAACUGUUUCCUUACCUGAGAAAAAAAGUAGAGCUUUGUUGUUUUCUGUUGACUCGCCAAGUUAGUUUAUAGCCAAAAGGGUUUGUUGUGUCAUUCUUCGCAUGAAGUGCUGACAAAAAGGCGGCUCGGUUGCUUGAGGCAAGACGUCAUCUUCCUGUAUCAUUCUUUUUCCUGUUUACUUGAAACGUAGAAUUUAUUUGCAUUUCCUUUUAAAUUUGUUUGUCAUAAAUAAAUUUCGAUUUUUGAGCCAAAAUUUUCUUGUUAGAAAACGCUGAGUUCACGAAACGGCUUCUUCUACAUGAAUACACGGAGUUGUAAACAAUCCAUUGAGCACAAAACUCAGCUACAGUAAAUUGAAAAACGCUGUAUUGAAUCCUUCCAAGUCUUUUCUUGCCUCAAAAAAAGUCAGCCCUAGGAUUUUGUUGACUUUUAAACAAUCAUUCUCUGAAAAAAUGGAAAAAACACCAAGCUCACAUAUUAUCCACUCACCAGGAGGUGAAUCUUGUUGAAUAGUCCGAGAUUGCGAACCAAUCAGAUUGCUUAAAUCACCAAGAUCACUGAGUGUGUAUAAACUAAUAUCAGAUGUCUUGGUCCAAUAACUUUCACUCUGUGUAUGGAAGCACGUUUUGCACAUGCUAUUAAAUUUCCCAGGAGUACCUCUGGCCAUGGGACCCACUCAUUGACUCACUUACUGAUAGGUUAAUGUACUCUGUAACCAACAGGUUGACAUGACUAUACAGCUGUACACUGUACAUGUAUUUGCAUUGAACUCAUUAUCUUAAACUGUUCAUUAAUCACUGAAUAAUGCAUUGUUGCAGGCAGAGGAGUUUGUAAAACUUUGUAUGGAAAAUGAUGUGUAUGAUUUUGACACUGCUCAUGGGUAAGUAUAAAUUAUGUCAUCGAUCUCUAAUAAGAAUCACCUGUUCAACUUACAGGAAGAUUUUUUUUCUUGUACAGUAAUUUAAAAGUUUCAGAAAAAUCUUGUUUACCCCUAAACCAUGACAUGGUAAGAUUAAAAAAAGAAGUGCUCCUAUUUAAAAAUGUACCCUUGUGCAACCACCUCCUUUUUGGUUGGGAUGUUUUGGCAUGGAACUGCCCUUCAUUUGUCGUCCUAACUUUUAAAUCUGGAUGAAAUUCUGUGGUGUGUCUCUUGAAAUUAAACUUCUUUCAUGGCAUUCCGUACGUGCAUGUAGUACAUAUACUUAAAAAAAUAUUUACAGUAUUUAGGAUUUUACAGAAAUAUGUAAACAUUUUUCAUUUUUGGGUUUUACUACUAUGUGUGAAAGGCGCAAGCCCCUGUUUUCAAAAGAGUUUACCAGUAAUGGAGAAAAGGCUUAGUCUAGACACAAAUUGGGGUGAGGUGCAUCACAGGUAAUACAGUUGAACCUCUUUACAAUAGCCACCUUGGGGGCAGAAGAAAGUGGCUGAGAGGUUUUAAACAAGAGUUAAUGUAUGGAUUUUUCGUCUGCGGAGAUGAACAAUUUGGCCGUUGUUGAGAGGUGGCCAUUGUAGAGAGGUGGCUUUUAGCGUAGGUUUGACUGCAUUGGCAAUCCAUUAAUUUUUUAUAUUCAUGGAAAUAUCAUUAUUUUAUUUUAAUAAAUGUCUUAUUAGUUUUAUGUCUCCCCUGCAGGGAUAAGAUAUGGAUAUUGAUAGGGAAGUGAUGUCAUCACUUCUCUUCUCUAUUAGGAUCUGAUUAUUUUGUUUUUAAUAUAUUAAUAUUCAACUUUAUUUACUGUUACAGCUAUAAUGGAGGAAAGAGUGAAGAAAUUAUGGGAGAUAUUGACAGCCUUCAUGAAUCUAAGGUAUUUUGAAUUAACCUGCUUGAAUUACAUGUACAGUAAAUUUCAAAGAACUGAGAAAUACUUCCCUGCCAGUUGAGCCUCUGAUUGCAGGGUGCUGGAAUUAAGUGAAUAAAGUAAAUGAAUGGUUAUGUCUUUUUAAUAACAUUAAUGUACUUUUUUUUCUUCAACCAGGUUUUCAUUGCUACGAAAGCAAAUCCUUGGGGAGGAAAAGGUGUGUUCCCGACAUUUUAAAUCAUUAAUUUUCUUAAUGUGACUACUUCUAAUUAAUUUUCUCCCAGAUACUUUCUGUAAAGAACCCUUUUGCCUCUGGAAAUUUUGCUGGAAAAUGCGUUUUGAAGCUAGUCGAGCGGUUUUCUGGUCACUGUCGUGCUAUGAAGAGCUAAAACUUACCAUAAAGCCAUUUACAGGUUUUACACUUCGCGACCUUCUGAUCCAGAUGCAAAAUAUUACAUGUAGCUUGCAACGUUCGGACAUGCGCAGAAAGCAAAAUUUAACUUUCUCUCCUUCCCUCUUUUUUCGCUUUUCUUGCCUCAUUUUUUCCUUUUGCUGGGCAUUUAGUAGGCUUCAUUUUGGUGGGAAAAGUUUUUAGGAAAGCUGUUAGGAUCUCAGGAUUAGAUGAAAGGAAAGGUAGGUGGGUGGUGGAACAAGAUUUUCACGAAGAUUUUCAGGGCAAUGUUACAUGUUUUGUUUUGCCUUUUUCUUCGGUGUUGUUGACUGAAAUGUGCUCAUAAUUUCUGGUAUGCUUGAAAGAUUUCCUCACUCUGCACAAGUUAGUGGACAAAGUUGUCCUCGACCAUUAAAACUGAUGAUGUCACAAGCUGUAAAAGGGACGGGGAUCUGCAUGGGCGCUUACGGGCGGAUCAGGGAUGAGUGGGUUAAGGUGCCAUAAAUAUCCCAGCUGUCACCAAGUACUUGGGGGCUGGAGAUUUCCUCUGUCUACUGUGAGCAUGACCAAGGGCUACUUUCACAGGAAAUACAUACAUGUAGAAAGAAAAAAGAACUUCGUAGCUGUUAACUCCCUACCCACUAUAGUUGGAAACUGGCAACGUGAAAUCUUAGUGACAGCCCUGGUUGUUGACUGUAAAGAUGGGCUCUAAACUGUGUUCUGAGAUUUUGAAUUUUUGAAUAAAAAAUAAUACAGAAUCCAUCCAUUUUUUGAUUUUCUGUGCCUUUCUGUGAUUUUCCUGUAUAACCUCGAUGCACAUUAUUAAUUUUACACUGCACUCUGGAAUGAUAUUCUAUCGUUUUUUACGAUUCCCUAUAUUCUCUUUCUACUUUUGUCAAUCAUAAUCAUGUUUCUUUCAUCCUUUUGUCUUACAUUUUAUCAGUUCCUUCCAUUUUUCCAAAAAUGUUUUGCCUUUUUUGACAGCAGUUUGUUUUUCAAAUAACUUCUAUCCUGAGGCCUGCUCAUAUUCCUUCAUUUUUUUUUUAUUUUAAUUUUAUGACUGCAGGUGUAUUGCAUGAGUUCCUCCAUCUAAAAAUUCAUUCAUUUGAUCAUUUUAUUGUUCGUUUGUUUAAUCUUCAAAGGUUUGAAAUGUGACAGUGUGAAGAAACAGUUGAAUGAAUCUCUCAAAAGAUUGAAGAAAGACCGUGUGGACUUGUUUUACCUUCAUGCUCCAGAUCACAGUACACCCAUUGAAGAAACUCUUGAAGCUGUCAAUCAUCUGCAUAAAGGUUGUUAGAUGCAAAUGUACUCUAAGAUGUAGAUCUAUUGAACCACCAAAAAAGAAAACAAAACCUAAUAUCAACUAAGCAUGAGGAACUUUAUUAUGAAUUAAAGGGGUGUCUGGAAUAAGCCCUGAGGGACUUCUGAUUAAAUGCUAAAUUCGCCUUCAAGUUUACCUCAUUUUAUGCGAGUGAAUCAAGAAGAAAAUUUAACAUCAGAUUAGAGCUCAUCUGACCCACAUAAUGAAGGUCUUACCAAUUUUUUCUAGGGAAAAGGCAGCUCCUCCUCAGUUAUUGUAGGAUUUUAGUAGUUGUGGCUCUGGGGAGCAAUGUAUGUAUGGAGUAACAACCCAUUAUGCCAAUAUUGGUACUCUAAUAAUGGAUAACCAUGCUGCAGUUACUUCUUAUUUUGUCUUUGACAUGUAUGUACAUCUGUAUAUGUAGACUUCUCGGUUAUACCAACAUGGAAUAUUGUUGUUAAAUGUUUCCAAAAAAUGUAUAUGAUUAAUGAGCAAACAGUAUUAACCAAAUUAAUUUUGUUUUGAAAGAAUGAAAGAUGGUAAAUUGUGUUGGGGGCUCAGGUUUUUUCUUUGUCCCAUGCUCAUGACAUGCUGAUUAAUUCAUUUUCACAUAAUUUUUUUUUUUUUUUUCAGAGGGAAAAUUUAAAUCCUUUGGCCUUUCUAAUUACACUGCUUGGCAAGUGGUAAGUGUGUAUUUUAAUACCUCAUUUUGCUUGUGAAAUGGAAGGCAAUUAUUUUCCUUAGUUCAAAUGUCCUGAAAGGAUGAUUUUUCCUUCCACAGCUGUGAAUUCAGUAACAGUGAAACCUUAAUAUAAUGUAAUAAGUAAUUGAAUGAAUGAUAAAUUGCGAUUCAGAGGUAUGUGUAGCACAUUUUAUGUAGUAGUGGUUGUUAAUCUACAGUUCAGAAUCAAAUUGGGGAAACUGGAGCACCGCAGCCAGAGAAACAUGUCUUGGAGCAAAGGGGAAAACUAAAGCGACGUAUAUAUAAUUUGAAUGAGAUUCUUAGCCUCAGUGUAUAGUCUUAAGUGUCAGGCAUCUAUUCACCCCAACCCCCAACCCCAUAACGGGCAACCAGGCAAGACUACUACUACUACUACUACUAAGCCCCAGCAUCAGUGAAAUAUAAAGAGGACCCAGAUCUUAUCUACAUUUACAAAAUAACUAAGAUAGUACACGCGUUCUGGCCUAUGGUUUAUUGUGCCGGUAAACUCAUAGAAAACUCAAAGUUAUUUUAUGAAAGCAAUAGACCACACUUUCUGUGGUUUUAUCGGCAUGAUAACACUCUUGUGAUGUUGGGAGAACACUCAAAAUGCCUUUGGCUCGUGAUUUACAAGCUUUUCUCAUGUUCUCCCAACAUCCCGUGUGGGUUAUCACACCAUUAAACCAAUAGAAAGCGUGGUCUAUUGCUUAAGUAUCCCCUUUUCAAUGAUCAACUCUUCCAUUCCAUUUGACUCUCUAAUAUUUACGUUCCAAUACUUAAAUAACUUCCUAGUGCAGGUUUGACUGAAUUCUGUGCUUUCUUUUAGGCAGAAAUUUAUUAUCUGUGCAAGAUGAAUGGUUAUCCAUUACCAACUGUCUACCAAGGAAUGUAUAAUUCUGUUACAAGGUAAGCAUUCAGUUUGCUGGCAUCCUGUUGGUGAAAGCUGUGGUUACACGGGGCAGCUUUACCAAGUUUGAUAUAAAGUUUGUCAAUGUUACCUGGGGAAGAUUCCCCAGGUGAAUGUUCAUGGUAAAGUGACUGAGCACAGUAGAAAAUGAUGUUACUCACCCUUGGAGCUUAAAUGUUUAAUAUGACCAAACUUUCAUGGCCUAAUUUCUUUUCAGAGAUAUCGAGAAAGAACUCUUUCCCUGUCUGAGGAGAUUUGGAAUGGCCUUCUAUGCAUACAACCCAGUGAGUAAAAAGUAAUCUCUGGUCACUGUGUGAUGGGGAUUUGGGUGCAACAAAAGGCAGUCUUAUAAUAUAGUGCAGUGAAUUCAAAGCAAUGUAAAAUAGGAAUAACAAACGAUACAUGAUGAGGGGACGCAAUAUCUGCAGAUUGCAGCAUAUGUUUAAUCCAUCCCCGUCCUGUGAAGUGGGUAUGUUGCCAAGGGUUAUGCAUACUGUAAGUUUACUCCAGGGGACAAAAAUGGAGACCUAAAAUACCUUUCCUAUAUACAGGAACAUCUCAGUCUGUUGUAGGGUUUGCUCCUUCAGGAUGAUUCGGAUAAGUGGUAGUGAUCAUGAUGCUUCAAAGAAAUUGAUGAAUCCUUGUGUGGAGUGGGUUCAUUGGUUCCUUUGAUGCAUCAUAAUCUGAGUGAUCUCGGAUCACUGAUCCUCUUCUAGAUCAUCCCCAGAGAACGCACCUUUAAAAUCUUGUUUAAUGCAAAGAAAGAAAUAGUAUUACAUGCUCCUUUGUUACCUGGCGAAAAAUUGGGAAUCAUUUUGGGACAUCUUAGGUACAUAUCUUGGACAAAGAGGCCAAAAACCACACCAUGUCCAGCAAGCCGCACGUCUCCAUAUAAGCCAUUUAAGUAAGCGCUUCAGGGUUCACCAUUUAAACUGACAAGGCUGUGUAACGUUUGUCUUGGGUUAAAAAAAACUAAAUCCUUCUUCUUUACACUUUAGAUAUACUUCUGUGUACUUUUAGACAAACGUUCUUCGCAUUCUGCUUAUAAGAACGAACCUCUCGCUCUUAUGGAUACAUAUCUGCGCCCCGCGGGUUGCACGAUCUAGUUCUUGAGAUUGUUCCAGUUGAGAGUCCAUGAGACCCAUUUUCGCAGCGUUUCACUGAUUACCUGUAGCUAGUGGUGGUAUAUUUAUGUUUUAUAGCUCGCUGGAGGAAUCUUAACGGGUAAACAUCGAUACGAAGACAAAGAAACAGGAACCAUUCAACAUGGGCGUUAUUCUGGAACUGGACCGUGGGCUGACUUGUAAGUGGAAUUGAUUUGGUAAUGCCAGGUUCACUUAAAGGCUUGGUGUGAUCAUAAGGAACAAAUAGUGCUAUGCAUUUAAGGGUUUAACUUAAAACUUUGACUUGAACGUUAAAACCAUUAGGAUCAUGUCCACAGUUUUUAAAGUAAAGAUGGCAAAUUAUCUCACCAUAACUCGGUCUAUGGGUAGCAAGAGGGUUUCAAUAAGACGUUAAUUUUUAUAACAAUUGCUGGGAAAGAGGUAUAUAUUAAGGUCAAUAAGAUCUCUUGUUUCUUGUUAAAAGCUUGGAAAAGCUUGAUUUUCUUACAUAAUCUGCUCUUCUGUUGUUAAUGAAGAACGUGUCUUUAAAUUGGAACCAUUUACCAAUACAAUACCGCACAGGUUGUUGAAACGUCAGUCGCUGUCAACAACAACAGUCCUAUUCAGGACUACGUUCACCCGGACGAUCAGACUCAACCUACUUUUGAAGUGACUCCUGGGUUCAAACCUUUCACAGUAAUACAAUGUAUCUUCUGACUUGUAUUAGGGAACCUGCUUAUAGUCAGACAUAAGAACAAGAUAGCAGUUCCUACCUCACAGUUACAUGUAUAAGGUUGAACUACAUGAACAUUUUUCAAACACAUUCACCUAUAGCGUGCCCUUUUCAUUUCUAGAUACGUCGCGCGUUUUUGGAAAAAGCCAUUGUUUGAUCUACUUGACAAACUCAAAGGAACAAUGAAUAGUAUCUACGUUGAAGGAAAAGUGAGCUUGAUUGACGCUUCCCUUCGCUGGAUGUAUCAUCACUCAAAAAUGGAUGGUGCAUGUGGAGGUAUGUAUUAGCAUGUGAUUUCAAAAGGGUGCUUAUACACGGACAGUCUAACCUCCCAUAAGCAAGCGGACCACUCAAAAUGAGCAGAUUUAAUGGUCGCUUACGGGAAGUGGUCUCUUACGAGAAUCGAGCCACAGGGGGUCUGUUCUCUUGUAUCUCUUGUAUACAGUUUCCAGGUUACUUAUACGUGCAAUUCUAUGUUGUUACUGAAAAUUCUUUGUAUAUUCUGAAUGGUGUAGUACAUACAGCGGUUAAAGAAACCAUACCAUUCGCUAAGUGGUCACUUGCAAGAGGUUAAAUACCAUUGAAAACUGUAAAAUUGGUAGACCAAAAAGUGGUCGCGGUCGGACAUGAGAGGUGGUUGUUUACGAGAGGUUCUAAGUAUAGAGCUUUGUCGGGGAAAAUUAAGGGUGUUUUGAAAUGAUAGGUGGUCACUUGAGGUGGUCACACGUUGAGGUUCGACUGUUUGUCAUUUCUUAUUUCUCCUCAUGAAAGAUAAGUUUCUUUUCGGGCGAAGGGACGCAACAACCGGAAAUACGUCACCGUUUAGUUCCUCUUCUUCGGUUUGCGACUCAUCAUCGGACUCUUCUGUCUAGUUUCCACUAGAUCGAAAGCGAUGGAGUCCUAGUGGAGUUUGAAAUGCUCUUAUCACGAGAUCAUAACGCUCUCUGAUUCUGAUUGGGACUCCGACUCCGUCAGUUGUAAAACCAGACUUGCCAACUUUUAACGGAGUCGUGUGGAAGAGUAAAUGUGGUCGUAGCAUGUUCUUUGCUCACAACUAGCAGUAACAACGCUAUGCCAUACCUCAAUGUUUUAGGAACUCUUACACUGGAAAACAUUUACAAAUUUAAAGUAGUCUUUUUCACACACAUAACGCAACAAACGUCCCUACGUGUACGAUUCUUAAAGGAACCCUUACCCUAGCCUCUGAGGUUCAUAGUUACAACACCAGAUUUGUAUCCAACCUUAAUUUUCAUCGGUCAAAGAUAAGCAAUAAUUAUGGAGCUGCACUUUUGCUUUUGUUGGAUCUAAAAUCUGGGAAAACGUUUCCGCUGAAUUAAAAAAGGUCCCUUGUAAUAGCUUUUAUAGGCAAUGCAAAAUGUACCUUUUAAAUACCCAAUUAGUAAUUUGAUUUCUCUACCCACACUACCAAUAAUCAUUUUUAUUGUUUUUAUAUAACGUAAGUACGACUUUAUGCACUUUUAAUUUUCCUUUCUCCGUUAUUCGUUACUUGUAGUUUUAUGUAAAUGUCUACGCCAGUAAGUUGCACGUGGCAAUGACCAACUCGAACACCUAAGCUCCUUUGGUCACUGCGCACAUUUCACCUUUGAUGAUUUAUGCAAUUUGUUUCUUUAUUUUUUUUCCUUACUUUUGUAAUGUACUGUAAUUUUUGUAGUACCUCUUGGAAUAGUGCAAAAGAAUAAAGAAUCUGAAUCUGUAUGAACUCUUUUUUGUGUGUAUUUUUUAGACGCUGUUAUAAUUGGAGCUUCAUCUGUCAAACAAUUGAAAGAGAACUUACAGAGUACAAAGAACGGUCCUUUACAUGAAGGUAUGUAUGCUGUUGAGUUCAGUUUUACUAAAGAAAGCGAUAGGGGAGGAAAAUAGUGAGUUGUGCGCUAUUGUUUAGAAGUCACUGCCGACUUCAUCAGGUGGGGGGUUGGCGGGGGUGGGGGGAUAUGCGAAACCGUACAUUACGUCAUCUCUGAUGUCACGGUCGUUUCCAAGGCUGUCGAUAUUAUGAACGAGAUAAAAGACGUUUCCUCUUUGAAACCUCUACAACACUAUAUUGUCUUGAUUUGAUCAGGUUGUGUGGACCUUCGUCACUUCUUCUUUGUGGUCUAAGAUAUGUAACUCAUGUAUCAUGCGCGCGCAGUGCAGUUUAGUAAGCCAUUUCAAUGCUCUUUUUCUGCAGAUGUUGUCAAAUUGUUUGAUGAGGUUUGGGGCGAAAUUGAAGGCGACUGCCCUUUGUAUUUCCGUUGAUUUGGCUGCCGAAGGCUCAUUGGGUAUAUCAAACAAGUAUGAGUUUGCUUUGCCUGGAAAAUAUACAGUAAUAACUUAAGGAUGCCCUUUGUACGCGUGAAGGUGGAACGACUGAUCCCAAAUAAUUAUAGUGGGAGAAAAGUAAUGGAAGUGAAUUUAACGCCUAUGCUCAGGACAUGUGUUUAACAUUUAAAACCUAAGUUGGAGCACUUAUUACCACGCGAUACAGUUCAAUCCCUUUACCCUGCGAACUUCAGUUUAACUGAAUAAAGUAAAGAGGGGGAUUUUCAUAAAAAAACAAAUAUUGCUACUGCUUUUAGUUGUUUGUUGAAAUUGCGUGAUCAAUUGAGCAAGGAAUAUCGCAUAUUUCUUUCGUGAUAGAUCUAUUGAAUAUGUAGUAACAGGAUGAUGAAUUCUGAUCGAAUUAGAUGAUAUUAUCAGCAACGGUGAUCCUUUAGGAACGUUUACUUUUAAACCUCUAAGCUCUGUUUUAAUAUUGUACAAGUGAACAUUGGUGUUAGAAGUUGUUGUAUGAUCUCGUCGAUUUUUGUUGUUUAGUGAAACGGUGGUCGUCAUUAUAAUUUUCAUACAGGUACAUUGUAUAACUAUUGACAGCAUUGUCAGAUAUGUUAUGCUCACAGAUCGUUCGACAAUGAAUGAUAGCUUAAUUUGCCAAACGAAUUAAAACGAAGUCUUGACAAUGAUACAUGACUUCCUAACCCCGACGUAAAUUUUAUAAAAUUUCACAAUUCUCCAUAUUGUACCAUACUUUUAAAGAUGUAUUAUUUUUAACCAUGGAAAGAGCAUGUCUUAUAUAAUAACGACCACUCUUCACAAUCAUCAUUAGCCCACCUCCCACAUUACACUCUUGUUUGCACUCCCUCCCCUGGCUUAAAAGUUUGCAUAACCUUUGUUUUUUAUUUCUUCUGGGUUUAACAGUCGUCCCAGGAAAAAUUGAAGACAGUGCUUAGGCAAACUUUUUGGGCGACAAACAAGGAGUUUUAUGGGAUGUGCAAUUUGUGAAUCGUUAUACUUUAUUUGAUCACCUGAAUGACAAUGUGACUUAAAUAUGGAUUACGUGGUCUGUGACAUUUUAAUAUUCCCGAGCAUUUGACAAAGAACAAAGUUAUUUUUUGGUCCACUAGUUAUUCAGGUUGUGUGGUAUAUACUAUUUCAAUAAUUCACCUUAGUGCAUGUCGGUGAAAGUGCUGGAUAAUUGUUAACUAAAUGCAGUGGAGAUGCUAAUCGUUUUAGAUGAAUUUUUACUAAUUACUAUGAAGUAUGGUCAAGCAUUAUGUGUUUUAGCGCGCGCUACAACUUGGCAUGUAAGACCGCGGACUUAAUGGUCACGAAAAUCAAUUUUAGUCGGUAUAAAGUUAAUAAGUUAGUGCAAAAAUGUAAAAAAAAAAGUGAAAAUUAGACUGGGGGCAGUCUCUGUUUUCUUCUGAUUUAGUGCCGCGAGUGGUUAUUUGCGUGUCUUGCGCGUUUUGCUCGAUGGACCAAGAAAAAAGAGAGACUGCUCGUAGUCUUAUUGAAAAUAAACUCCGACGGCUUAUUUUAGCCGUUUUCAGUAUAUUUAACUAAAAAUAUAAUAAAGUAUGAGGUGAAACUUAAAUUCGCCUGACAACAAAUAUUAAUAAAUAGAUUAAAUUCUAAAUGUCGCUACCAACCAGGUAUUUUAAACUUUCCUUUUUUACUGGUGCCAAGCAUUGUAUGCUGGAGUACACGGGACAAUCCAUUAGAGUGAUACGUCAUUCUGGACUGCGCACGCAAUCAUCACAAGCAGCAUUUUUAGCUUAACCCUUUAAGCCCAAGAGUGAUCAGCAUCAAAUUUCUCCUUGUAAUAUCAAUGCCUUGUAAAACGGAG